GCACCAGAGGAAACCACUGGUGCAGCAUAGGAGUCAUACCAAGCAUAGCCUGCGUGUCAGUGCAGUCGACUUACAGCUGGCUGUGAGGAGAGCUGACGCUACUCUUUUUAUCCGCUCUUUAUCGCCGAAAACAUUCACCCGUAUUUCCAAACAAGUGUCAUAAACUCAGUAGAAUAACUAGGGGAAUCCGGUUUCUGUUAUUUCAGCGUGUUUUAUGUUAUUAAGGGGGUUAGUAGAGAACUAAGUUGGAGGCUGGGCCUUUAGUUUUUUGACCAUCGCUUGAGCGGAGAAGGGAAAAAGCUGGUCGUCUUCUUCUUUUUUUUGUUUAUGUAAAAAAGUCGAUAAAUGCUACUAACGAAAAUGGACCUGUUAAACUACCAGUACCUGGACAAAAUGAACAACAACAUUGGCAUCCUCUGCUACGAAGGUGAAACAGCUUUGAGAGUGGACCCCAGACUCCAGUCCCUGUCUCUAUCCUCAUCUUCCUCCUCCUCGUCCUCCUGUUCGUCAUCCUCCUCCUCAUCUUCUUCCUCCAUCUCCAGCCACAGGACAGGUCCUCCUCCCAUAAGCCCCACCAAGAGGAAGCUGAGCGGGGACCAGGGUGACAGCGACAUGGACGACAACGAGCAUGUAGCAAAGAUAAACCGAAUGUUUGCGGCACAGCUGAAACCUAAUGGAGACUAUCGUAGCUCUCCCAUCUCCAAGGACAGGAGCCGGAGUCCCAUUGAACGUGUGGUGGUGCCCAGUGCACUGGGAGUCCACAGCAACCACCUGUACAGCCAGGCCCACCACCACCAGCACCUGGCCAGCUUAGCCAGUAUGGACCAGCCACUGGCACUCACCAAAAACAGCACAGUGGAGUCUGCACGUAGCAGCACAGCAGCUAUGACCAUUGUGCCGCACGCAGUCAGCGCCAUGGAACGCCAGCAGAACCGUCCUUCAGUGAUCACGUGCGCCCCAGCCAGCAACUGCAACCUGUCUCACUGUCCAGUCUCCCACAAUGGCUGCUCAAGCCUCACUAACAACUACAGGAGGAACAACACCAACACAGCGUGUGACCCUGUGAUAGAGGAGCAUUUUCGCCGCAGCCUCGGGAAGAACUACAAGGAGCCUGAGCCCACCGUCACCAACUCUGUGUCCAUCACAGGCACAGUGGAUGACCACUUUGCCAAGGCGCUAGGCGAGACCUGGCUGCAGAUCAAAAAUAAGGGGAGCCCCUCAUCGUCCGGCAGCAGCCCAAAUUCCUCCCCUGACAGUCACAUGGUCAAUCACAACCACUCCCCUUCUGUGGUGUCCUGAAGGUGCAAGGGUUCAAUAUGGGUGUGUCCAUGUCCCUUGCCCUUCCAAUCAUCCCAGCUUCAUCAUCCACACCCUUGUCACUCUUGGUCUGUCACCAGCAUCCCAGAGGGAGUGCUUGCCUGUUGGUCUGCUAUAAACAAGCCCGCUCUCUCUCUAUGCACUCAUAAAAGAUCAAUCAAGCAAUAACAAAACAGCCAUUUUUUCUCCUUCUGUCCGCUGGUGUGCUAUUGACAGGCAGUAAACCGGUAAUGAGUGAUGAAGGUUUGACUGAGGGACUGACUGGAGCAUCAAGCUGCUCCUUUUAAUCAUUCAUCAUUGCUGCAUAUCAAGCUUGGAGCUGAGCAAGUGUCUGUAGUUAUAUGUACAUAAAGAGAGAGAGGACAGGCGACAUUUUAAUUAUUAAUUUUGUUUGUUUCUUUAACAGUAGAUUUGAGUAGCGCUUCUGCAUUAUAAGAUGCCUGACAAUUGAAAGAAGGUGAGAGAGAAACACUUUAGGAGACAAUAAUCACAAACCACCUGACUAUGCUACCAAAGAAACCUCAGAUGCUGAUGUUUAUCAAUGCCCACCUCAAAAUCAACACCACAAAAAAUCCACGUUGUGACCACCGCCCUCUGUUUUAUCGUUUCUCCUUUUCCCACCUUCCUUGGCACUCCCACUCUCUCAGGUGUAUGAGUUCUGGUGAUUUUGUUACUGUAUGUGUAUACUUAAGUGAACGACUUGGUCUGAUUUACACUACUCUCCGAGGGUAAAUGGCAUGUUAAUAUUGCAAUCUGGCACUGCACACACUGGGACUGCAAACUGAUCAAAUCCAGCUUGCUUGGGAUUCUAAUGGUUGAAAACGUACCUGGGCAUAGUUUCAUCCUCACCAUGACAGAACAGUACAAGCCUCAUUAUUAUUAUGGUAUUUACUGAAUGCAUUUCUGAAAAAUGGAAAAACAUAAAUUGGCUAAAAUAUGAAAAGUUAUAUGAAUUUGGAUACCAUUUGUCCCAGUAUAAAAACAGUGUCAGUGCAUGUUGAUUAGUGCAGCUGUUAACUGAAACAUGAUUGCAUGUUCAGAAAAGGUGGGCGAGUUAAAGGUUGCUUAUAUCGCCACCUCACGUCUGACUAUCUAAAACAAAGCCAUACCCUGUUUGUUCAUCACGUGGCUGUGCCUGUGUAACAUGUUAACUCAACGGUUCCCUCCCCACCAGCACUUAACUACGGAGUGUCAAUCUGCAUCAAGUGCAGAGAGCUCUCCAUAUUAAUGGAAGGGGUAUGAACAGUCAGGUCAAUUGGCCACUCUUCAACAUCCAUUAUCAUGGAUACAGAUGGAAACAUUAGUCACCCAGCUGCUACCCAGAACAAGGGUACAAGUCUGGCGAAUUAAGGACAGACUUAGGUUUCACCUUCCUGUUAAAGAACAAGUUCAAUGUAUUAAGUGCAGCAACAUCUGCAGUACAGAAUAUCCUGGGAGCAAUAGAGAACCUAAAAUCCCUCCACUUCCAAACUGGAGUGGAAAGUAUGAGGUGGUAGUGGCCAGAAUAAGUUUCUUCAUCCACUUUUUUUCACCAUGCAAAUGUGCAUUCUAUUGACAUUAUGAAGAUAAAUGAUAUAACUUGAUACACAGUAAAUCAUCGGCUUUUAAAGUCCACAGGGAUAGUAAAUGCAUCAUACCUCCCAGCCCAACAUAUUGGUUUCACUUGUAGGUUGCGAGACCAACGCUCAGUACAAAUUUGUUAACUGCAGUGUUGAACGGUAUUGGCAUGGAUAAAUAUUUUGCUGCCCCAUUGAAGCCAAACAAGAAUACUUCUCAUGUUUAAAGGCACAGUCGGGUUCAUUAGGCUGAUCACUUCAGCUGGUGUUGAUGACCAUUCUAGUUAUUAUGAGGGGAGAGUAGGACUGAAAGCACUUGUACAGCCUGUAGGCUGUGUAAGGUUGGGCUUUGCUGAACAAUGUGCUUUGAUGUGUUUCACAGGCUUAACUGCUGACAGUGAUGAGGCGAUAGAUGACACUUUGUGGUUGAAAGAAAAAAAAAAAAGUCUGGUUCCUCAACCGGGGGAGAGAAGAUUAUUCAGAUCUCUUCAAACACUCCUUUGUUUUUUGUUAACUCUUUGAACAUGGGGGUUGUAAUUAUAUUUGGUUUACACCCUGCUAAUCCCUCCAUCACCCUACACACUGUGGUUUGGUAGAUUUCUAUGAAGUUUGAAGGGUAAACUAAUGCUUUUACAGAUGCAUGUUUUUUUUUUUUUUUUUUUGGUUUUAAUAGCUGGUAUCUAUUAGUGUUUUUAAGCAUUUCAAUCUUAACUAAUAACCUUUUCAUUCGGACGUUGUUACUUCUUUUGUUGUCAGUAACAGACAUAGACACUAUACACUCACUGCUGGGUCAGUUGUACUCCAUAUUAUUGUUAUUGUUGUUAUUACAAUUUUGUAUUUCUUGUUUUCCAUUAAUAUCAGCAUGGUAACAAACCUCUAUAGUGGAACAGCCUCCGGACAGGCUGCGUUUAAUGAUGAGAGUUCCCCAAAACCAUUUCGGCACGACAGUCGAUUAGCUUUUCGCUCCUGCAGAGCAGUGAUCGUUGUAGUGUUGAAUUGGCUUUGGGAUACCCAGCCCAUAAAGGUUUUCGUAAGAUGUUGAUCCAUCGGUGGUACAGGAUGCUACGACCUUCUGUGUAACGAGCUGAGACGCCAAAUUGGCACAAAUUAGUCUGCAGGACCUUUCCACAAAAGCAUCAUGCAAGUCUUUUUGGCUGUUGUCUUUAAAUCAUGACCUUACAUGCACUCUUGCUGUAGUCUCAGAAGGUCUAGAUCGAAGCCAAGGUAGCAGGCAAGGAUGCUUUUGGGAAACAGUACUGUUUAUGAUAAGAGCUAGUGGUGAUGGCUCUCAAACAUCUUGUUGACUAAAGUGUUUAAAGAACUUUUGUGUUACUAAAGAACAAAUACUACACCAAUAGAAUUGGACAACAUCAAGAGAUGAUAAACAAAAAGGGUUAUCUGAAUUUAUCUCAGCCCUUAGCAGUUGACUUUUUUGUGUCCUGACUUGGUGUCCAGCCUUUUUUUAUUUCAGUGCAUUCUUUUCUGAACAAAAUUUUAUUGAUGCUGCAAGCAAGCUAGACUGCUGCAGUUGGAGGAAAUGAAAUUUAUUCUGUAAAAGAGCCUGCGCCAAGGUGGCAUACAUUCCUCCGCUAGGGAACUUGAUACAGGCCUUGUACACACUCAGUAUCUCCAGAUCAACAGACAGAGCUAAUAACUAGCCAGAGCCACUUGUCCCAGAGUUGCCUGCCAACAGCAUUUCUUGUUCCACUUCAUUUCUUUUGGUCAAAAAUCCACAUUGUACAGUAUGACAAAGGAACAACCAGUGCUGUUAAAAAACUGAAUGUAGAACUUCAGAGAACUCCUGUAGGGCUUUGGAACCAACAGAGAACCAGUUCAGUUUGGGCACCACAGAACAAAACACCCUGAAGGGAACCAAUGAGAGCUAAGAGAACCAAAAACAAAUCAGAUAGCGUUUCUUCAGAUGACCAGGCAACAAACAUCUCCCUUUUGCUACUUCUUCUUCUUGAUUUGUUUGGCAUUAGGCAAACAAACUUACAGGUGUGUGUCCAUUUUGUUUUUUUCUUUCCUUUGGAGGUUUAAUAAACCUGAUGCUGAUAGCGUCACCAUACCAGUUCAGAUUGGCCAGGUAUCUGGGUCCUGCUGGGAACCUUAAUCCUGGGUUCCAAACCAACCUAUUUUUGGUCAAAAUGCUCAUUACUUACUUUGUGAAUAAGAACUUAACCGGUUCUUUGUUGGUCUAAAAGCCCACUCAGAGAACUGAACCUAAGAGUUCAGUGUCAUUCUGUAGUAAAAUAAUAAUUUGUCUCUCUCAGUUUAUGGAUAACAAGGUUCAUAUUUGUUUGGGUCAUUUUUAUCAAACCACGAUGACUACAUCCAUUACCGGACAUCAAAUGGAACGCUUUCUUACUGUUCUAGAAUGUUCCACACAUUCCAUCCCCAGCUAUCAGAACUGGCAGUUGUGAACCGGAAUUGAGGCUAAAAAGAUCUAGAAUCUUCCAUUGCCUAAAAUGUUGAAUCAUAACCCAAUGACACAUACUGUGUCUAUUCUCUGAUAUAAAUGUGUUUUCUGUGACAGGUUCAGAGUGGUUUGGAUGGAGAUUAUUGGUGGUUUGGCUGAUUUGUGGGGAGGGGGUAGUUUCAGGAGCUGAGCUUCUGUAAGCAGUCUGUGAGCCAGGAGACUUUUCAACUGCCACUGAAAAUCUUUUCACAGUGAGGCCUCCUCCUCUCAGAUUAAGUUGACUCUGAUUAAGAGUUGAUGUAGUUGGCAACAUACCAGAAAACAUGAGGGAAAGUGCUAGGUGUCAAAAGGAUUUUUAAAAAUCUUUUCUCAUUAUCAUUUCACUAUCACCCUGUAGGUAGGAGGCUCGCUUUCAGCUUUGGCACACAGUCCCUACAGACUGUAGGAAAAUCAUUUAAUUAAAAGGAUACUUUUUUUUAAUAAUAGGUAACUUUAAGACCAUCAUUACGCUGUGCGUAACGAAUGUACAGAGGGGAAAAAAAUCGUAGCUAUUUUUUUGAGGAUCAGUUAAUUUGUUAAUGAUAUGUAGCUAUUUAAUUGUUUUUCCCUGUCCUUAUAUUGUAAUCAUUGCAUUCUCUUUUUUCGUGAAAAAAAAAAGUUGAUCUUUUUUGUUUAUAGUUUGUCUUGUUAGAGUAAAAGUUCAAGUGCAGGAGCACAGUAUAAAUCCACAAUCAGCCACUGGUGUGUCAGUGACAAUCGCUACUUCCACAGGGCCCCAGUGUUGUGCCAUUGGGGUCGACAUUUGAUCAUGUGACUUCUGAGCCAUCUAAACAAACGUUUUAUCCUUUCUACGGGCUCUUGAGCAGGUAACGCGUUUUGCAUUGAUGGAACAUCGUAAUUUUGCCUCUAGCCCAUUGCAUCUAAUCAGCCAUUUCCAUUUAACUAUAAAAAUCACCAUUAGUCAUGGGCUAUCAGGCAGGUAGGUUUUGCACCACUGCAUGUAAGCAAUUUAAAAUACGGAAUUUCAAAACUUUUUGAUGGCUGGUUUUAUAGAUGGGAAAUGAACUACAAAUAAAACAGUCAUUUUCUCCUAUUGGUUUGACUUGUCUGAACACUGAUAUCAUAACAUUACAACUGAAUAGAUGAAAAUCUGACGGCAUUUCUGUAAAUAUUUAGUGCUCGAGUUCAUCUGCUUUGUUGCCUGUCAGGCUGAGAAGUUGGAUCUAAUGUCACAGUUUCCAUCUGUGAAGGCAAUUUAGCAUCUGUAAACAUGAAAAUGAUGCAAGUAAAUCAAAGAGGAGUUGGUCUUUACUCUGACUGUGCCACAGUUUCCAGGUCUUUUUGAAGUGGAAGUAGCAUGUACUUAGUGGUAGUAAUACUCU